AUAAUUGGUUGUUGAGAAAAUCAAACAUUAAGUUGGCCGGUCGCGUUGGCGCAUGAAAGUGGCCAGCUCGGUGUACAUUCACGUUACCGAUAAAAAAUCUUCACUUUUCCUACCUAAAACAACGCCUAACCGUAUUAGGUUAGAUAAAACCAGGGUCAACAACAAGGGUCACGAUGCCCUCAGAAUCUUCCAUAUAACCGGUCCGGUCAGAUCGAUCUAAUGAACAAAAUGUGCUACCGAUCGGUAUCGAUAUCGGAAUAUCGGACCGGUCCGGACCGGUAUCUGAUCGAUUGGUUACUCUGAUAUGAGGCCAAAAGGGUAUCUUUAUCAGGGUCUAGCAAAUAACUUGCUAGACGUCCUGCCGUGGGCUAUUGUCUGCCAGGUCGCUGAUCUUCAAGAGGGUAACAGGUGGACUUAUUACUGCUUGGUCUUGGUGGAAGUUUUUGAUAGCGGCCUUGAUUUAGUGGAGGCUUCAACUUUGGUGAAGGGCAGAGCGAAUUUGGAUAAAUGGCAUGAUGUGGUCAUCAAUAAUAGCCAGGAGAGGGUGUUGUUUAUUGCUACCUUAACAGUAAAGUCACGAAUAGUACAGUUCUAAAUGAGGGAGAAGUACCUUAUAUAUUUAGAGAGCAGAGAAUUACCCGUCAAAUACACAUGCCGAUGCACGACUGGAACGACUUUCUCAACCAGACGUGGUAAAAGCAAUAUGAUGCAUAAAAGCGAAACAAGGCCCUUCCCUAGCCAGGCCCAAAC